AUUCCACGCCUCUCAGAUCUCGCAAUCUCCCACUUUAUAUUUCCUCGUUCCGCUCUACGUCCGGCUUUUGCGUUUAUUUCUUUUAUUAUUUUGGUUCGUUUUUUUUUUUUGUUCGUUACAUGCAAAAACGACAAUGAAGAACUCAAAACGCCACUCGCCGCAGGCCGCAGCUCAGCGACGAGUAGCUUCUGAUUCCGUCGAGACCAUAACGAGACUCAAGAAUGCUCGCCGGAGAAGGCUCGAAUUCCGUCGAAUGAAGUAUACUUGCCAGGCGAGGAUCCACGUCGGAAAUGGCUCCGCCGGCGGAACUCAUCCACCGGAGGCGACAAAGGUCGUCGAUUGGGAGAAUGAGAAAAGAGAGAUUCACGAGUCCGUGGAGAUAUCGCUGUCGUUGGCGAUGUCUUCGCCGUCAUCGGAGGAGGAGGAUCGGUCAUCUGCCCGAAACGACGCGGUGUUAUCGUACGGUUCAGUGUCGAUGAUGGGGAGCAGGAAGGAGAUGGAGGAUGCGGUGAGCGUGGAGAUAGGGUUUGCGGCGAAGGAUAGAGCGAAGUGUGACUUCUUCGCGGUUUACGACGGUCACGGCGGAGCUCAGGUGGCGAAGGCGUGCCGGGAGCGGUUGCACCGGAUGGUGGCGGAGGAGGUGGAGAGGUGCGGGGUAAGGAGUGGGAAUGAGGUGAAAUGGGACUGGGAGGGAGUGAUGGAAGGGUGUUUUGUUAAAAUGGACAGAGAGGUAGCGGAUUAUGCGGCGGCGAAGACGGUGGGUUCCACGGCGGUUGUGGCCGUUGUGACGAUGGAAGAGGUGGUCGUGGCUAAUUGCGGUGAUUGUCGGGCGGUGAUGGGAAGAGGAGGUGAGGCCGUGAACUUGUCUAAUGAUCAUAAGCCCGACAGGCCUGAUGAGUUGAUGCGAAUCGAAGAGGCUGGUGGAAGGGUCAUAAACUGGAAUGGCCAUCGCGUUCUGGGUGUUCUUUCCACUUCGCGUUCUAUAGGAGAUCACUACCUUCGACCGUAUGUAAUAUCGAAACCAGAAGUCACAGUGACCAAGCGAACCAGCAAGGAUGAAUUUCUUAUCCUAGCAAGUGAUGGUUUGUGGGAUGUAAUAUCAAGUGAAGCUGCGUGCCAGGUUGUAAGGAAAUGCCUCAACGGCCAGAUUAGGAGAGUUUGCCACGGGGUUGGGAAUCAAACCCGUGCUGCGGAGGCUGCAGCCCUCUUGGCAGAGAUAGCAUUGGCAAAGGGAAGCAGAGAUAACACCAGUGUCAUUGUAGUCGAGCUAAGAGGAACAACAACAUCUAGUUGAAGCCUUAUUCUUCUUCUAUGUUUGCAGAGCAGCAGAGGCAUGUAUUUUAUUUUUUCAUUUACUACUAAUUUUUUCUGAUUUCUUUUAUUCCGUUGAGGUGGUGCUCGCUUAAUACCAUGAGAGAUUAUGUAUCAUAUAAUAAUUGAUACGGGAGUUGUUGAGUCAAAAAAUUGAGAUUUGAAACCA